AGGCCUUAAAACACCUUUGUUUUAUUUUUGCAGACAUCAUUUCUUUGUCUUGGGCCAAGUCGUUUCUUCAGGGACUGGAGCAGGAUCUCUGUAUAGGACUGGAGCAGGAUCUCUGCAACACUUCAGUAUGUCCAGCAAAGGAAGGAGGAUGCUGGUUCUUCUACUGAUCAUCGUGAUGAGGAAAACUGGCCCGACCGCAGCCUGCAGCAGCAGCUGUUCAUCAAAGUGUGACUGCAGCAACAGCGGCCUCAGCAGUGUUCCUCAGGACCUGCCUACAACCAUCACAAAACUUGACUUGGAAGGCAAUGCCAUCACAGCCUUAAGUCAGUCUGAUUUCUCAAGGUAUAGGAGCUUAACAACAUUAGAACUUCAAGCCAAUCAGAUCUCCAUGAUCCAUAACAAAACAUUCCACAACUUAACCAGCCUAACUCACCUGAACCUUGGUGAUAACCAUUUGACCAAUCUAACAACUGACAUGUUUGCUGGACUUAGUAACCUAUGGUACUUAACCCUUCACAAUAACCAGUUAACAAGUCUACCAGCUGGCAUAUUUGCUGGACUUGGUAACUUGAGGGAGGUGUGGCUUCAACAUAACCAGUUAACUAAUCUGCCAACUGACAUAUUUGCUGGACUAGCUAAUCUGAAAGACUUGCAGCUUACCAGUAACAAGUUAACUAAUCUGCCAACUGACAUAUUUGCUGGACUUGGUAUCCUGAGACUAUUGUGGCUCUCCGAUAACAAGUUAACUAGCCUGCCAAAUGACAUAUUUGCUGGACUAGCUAAUCUAAAAGACUUGCGACUUUCCAGUAACAAGUUAACUAGUCUGCCAGAUGACAUAUUUGUGGGACUUGGCAACUUAGAGAAGCUUUACCUUAAUGGGAAUGACAUCCACAAUAUUGAGGCAGGCACCUUCAGUGACACAACACAGCUACGUGAUCUAAAUCUUGGGUACAACAAAAUUGGCACCAUCACAGCCAACACAUUAGAGAAUCUGCUUCAGCUUCAAAUACUGAGUCUUUAUCAUACUAACAUCAACACUUUCCCUGUAGAGGCCUUAUCAAACUUGAAUAUUUCAGUGCUGUCAGAGCUUUCAUUAAACAAUAACCAAUUAGAGACAUUACCCCCCAUGGCAUAUGACAUACUGGCUUCCAUUUCAAAUGUACGCAUUGACAACAACCCCUGGCAGUGUGAUUGUAUGAUGGCUCCCUUUAGGCAGAGGAUGAACGGGUCUAAACCAUUCGAAAACCAGAUCAGAUGUGCUGGACCUGCAAACUUGAUAGGCCAAUAUUUACAGGAUGUAAAUCCUGAAGACCUGAUCUGUGAAGACAUGACACCAGUCUACUCCACUUCCAGCACAAAACACAUUGUUGACUCUACUCUUACUCUAAGCUUGUCUUCAUUCAUCAGCUCUUCUCCUUUCCAUCAGUCAGUUAAGUCAACAACUAAGGCACCAACAUUGUCCCCAACACAGAGCAACACCCCCACUGCUGACUCUAACCAUGGCUGGUCUACAGUCAGUUCUUCUCCUCCAUUUGAUCCUUUAGCAAAGUCAACAUCAAAGGCACUGACAAAGAGCAACACUCCCACUGCUGACUCUAACCCAGGCCCGUCUACAGUCAGUUCUGACUCUCCUUUUGGUUUUCAGUCCACAAUGACAGAGAGCAACCCUGGCCCUACUGGUGGUGGCAUUGUCCUGUCUGUGCCCUUGCUUGCUGCUUUGGGAGUUAUUUUUGGACUCCUCCUUAUCUGUACUAGUACCUUUACAAUACUGUACCUGUUUAAGAGGAGGCAAAGGGAUCUUAGUAACACAAACCCCACAGGCACAUCCAGUCGCCAUGACCAGAUAAGGCAGCAUGGAUUUACAACAAAUGCAGGCAUAAACAGUCAAUCUGAAACACCACAUCCUGAUACAGAAGACAGCCAGCAUAUCUAUAACCUCCCAACAGAUGAGGACCCUGAUACAGUAGAGUACAACACCAUAGGUGAGGUCAAUCAGUCAGAAAGUCCACACAGAGGUGCAGGCAACAGGCAGAGUCUUGACAGCUUUAACGAUGGUUAUGAGGUUCCAUCUCCCUCCCUGUGUUCUGGAGAAGGUCCACAGUCCCACAAAUAUGUGAACAGCUGUGUGACAGCAGCUGCUAAAGAUGCUGAAGCUGGUCCGCAGGUUGUCAUAUAUGAGAAUGAGGAUGAGUCAGUUGAUAACCAAUCACAGACAGCAGCUGCCCCUGGUGCUGACAGCCCUAACCACUAUGAACCCCUGAGGGACCCCAGCAGUCAGCAGCAGCAUACAUACACAUCCCUGCUGCCUAAUGGCAAUUAGAUGAUU